AUGUCUCAGAUAGAGCGUGUGAACAACUUCGGAGAGGUUGUACCGGGGGUUUACAGAUCUAGGUCCCCAGACCUGUAUAUCCUUCCAUCCAACCUGAUGGAUGUCAAGACAAUUAUUAAGCUCGUUGAUACCCCUUACUACAGGGCCGAAUGCGAGUACGUUGAAGCAAACUCCAUCACUGUUUAUCUCUUCCCAAUCAAGACGAACAAAGUCUAUGAAGCGGAUAAUGCCUCAAACAAAGACGCCAACCUCGUCAUGGAGAAGCUCCUCGAUGUGAAAAAUCACCCAAUCCUCAUUCAUUGCAACAAAGGAAAACAUCGAACUGGCUGUAUCAUUGGCUGCCUUCGCCGACUCCAGGGAUGGGACCUUGUGGAUAUCAUCCAGGAAUACCGACUUUAUGCCGGUCACAAAGCCAGACCCUUGGAUGAGGAGUUCAUCAAAAACUACGAGCCCGGAGAGAUGAAACAAAUUGCUCUCGAUGUCAACGUUGCUGCUUGGGGGCGUUAG